AUAAAAGUGCUGUGUGAUUGUAGUCCGCUGUCAGAUACAAUAGCGACAGUCAAUAUGAAGUUGGCGAGCAGACAAAAUAGGAUGCAUAUGCGACCCGGUUGAAUAUUGGAGAGGCACAACGUUUACCACCGUACAUUCAGAAUCAAUCGGACCAAAUCAUAAUCUGUACAUUAUUUGAAAUAGGAGUAUGUGGAUUUGCCACGGUCCAUUUGAAGGCCAAGUUGGUCGAAAAUGAAUCAUCUUUCAUCCACAUACGACCUCAAAGUGGUAUGUGCUAGGUGUGCCAUCAGAAAAAAUGAAAUCACCUACACACUACAAUCUGUUGUUCACCAGUGCACCAGCAAUCUCCUCCUGGCCAGAGCUAAAGGCUCCCGCCAAUGGAGGCACAUUUCUCGACGUCCAAAAUUCCCAAGGCCAAGUAAAUACGAUGUGUGCUGGCACUUUGUGGAGGGCUCUGGCUGCACCGUGCAUUACAACCGCUGCACCUUUGCUCGGAGCCUGGAGGAGGCCGCGGUGUGGAACUUUGAGAAGGAGCAGGGGCUGGACCACAUCAGCCUCUGUAUUCUCCUAGAUCGGACCAACGCCGGCGGCCUGGACGGAGCUGCGCUCGGACAGGGUCAGCUUGAAUCACUGGACGACGUCCUGACGUUCUUUGAACUGAAGGGUGUGUGCUCUACGUGUUCCCUCAAAGAGAACGAAAUAACGUACACUGUGCAAAGAGUCAGCCAUCAAUGUCAACAAUACCUGUUUUUAGCCAGAUUUAAAGGCUCUGACAUCUGGAGACCGGUGGCCGAGCGUCCUGUAGAGGGGCAAUUCCGCCGCAAUGUUGUUUAUCAAGUAUGCCAACACUUUAGGGAGGGUUCUGGCUGCUCGCGAGAUGGCCCCAACUGCACUUUUGCGAGAAGCACGGAAGAAGCCUGCUUAUGGAACUUUGCAAGAAACACGAAUAUGGACAACAGCGCCAUAUUACAACGCAUGAAUUCUAGGCAUUCCCUGACGCCAGAAGACACGGCGAGGAACAUACUAAAAGAGUUCUCCGGAACAUUCCUUGAGCUGUGCCAGGCCUGUUUCCUCAGCAGUCCUCAGAGGGUGACGGUGCAGCGUGGCGAUGGGGCCUGCUCUGCUGCAGCCCCCGGGGCCCACGCCUGGAGGCCCGUCCUGGUCCAUCAUGUGUCGGGCCGAGGAAAGGAGGUCUACCACGCGGUGCGCCCGCUUCCCCCGGGAUGCACCUUUGAGUACUGCAGCCACGUCAUCCAAGGAAAGCCCUGCUGGCACGAGGCCCUGCGCUGCAGCGCGGCCCAUAGCGAGUUGGAGAUGGCGGUGUGGCAGGCAGAGAGCAGCGAGCUGGCCGCCCCAGUCCGUCCCCUGCUCCUUCGGUUGAGCCAACAGCAGCAGCAGCAGCAGCAGCAGCAGCAGCAGCAGCAGCAGCAGCAGCAGCAGCAGCAGCAGCAGCAGCAGCAGCAGCAGCAGCAGCAGAGCGAUGGACGAGGAGGAGUCUUCUACUGUAAAGCCUGCCUUCUUACCCUGUCCUCCUCCGAGAGGUUCCUCAAGCACUGCGCCUCACCGGAGCAUGCCCAGAUCAUCAGCGGUGACUCCAGCACGCAGUGGGAGACCCGCCCACCACCACACAACCACAGAGAGGACUUUGGUCUCUGCGCCAAGCUAAACACCUGUGAAUACGGUGACAGGUGUGUAAAAGCUCAUUCUGAGGAGGAACUAAGAGAGUGGCACAUGCGCACUAAAGAAGAAGAGGAGAUCAGCGCUAACAUCGAUGCUCAGGGCCUUAUGUCCUACGCUGAAAGGUUCCGGAAAGAAUACACGCGUUGUUCCAAUGAAGCAGACACCAUAUCAGAGGAUUUAGAGGAUGUCAGCAUUACUUGUGAAGAAGAUCUGUUAGUGGAGAACGAGAUAACGGAUUUCAAAUUUCAGUGGCACUUCCGAGUUGACACAGAGAGGCGACUUCAGCAUGUGGCACUUCUGAAGAACCAACCAGGAGCGUCUUUUUCCCUAAAUGCAAUCACUUCUGAAAGCGUUUGCUCCUAUUCCUUGGGGAAGAGGUUCCAGAACACAGAUUCGCAAACCUACAACAUCACAGUGUUCUUUGCGUCGGCUGUUCCAGGUCUCUAUGAACAGUGGCUUGUGUUGGACUUUGAUAUGAGGCCUGUGCUCCUGCGAGUUCUGAAGGUGACGGUAGGGGCGGAUUCUCAGGCUUUCACAGAGGAACCCAUUGCGGGCUGCGGGGUAUCUCUACAGCCUCUUGAACGUUGGCAUCCAGAAAACAAGGUGAUAAUUCCAUGUGUGGAACGGACGGAGGAUCAAGAUGACCUACUUAAGAAGUACAAGCCUCCCCAGACAGUUUUUGGCCGUCUGCCUGUGUGUGACAGCCAGACACUGUGGAAUGCUGACAACUACAGGGAGAAAAUGCACAACUUCCUGUACAGAGAGGAACAGGCAGAGAACGAGCUUGUUUCAAGAAUUGGAAUUCGUGGAGAGAUGACUACAUCCGAAAGUUUGUCAACAAAAGAAUUGUUCGGCACUGUCUCGGCUCCUUUUAAUCUCACUCCAGACACUCCAGAGGGAUGUGUGCUCAAACGAAGCAUUCAGACUGGUCUCAUAGCACCAUUAUUUCCAAAGGAUCACGGCUCCAAGGUCUACGAAGCCAUCGUACUGAAGGACAUUGCCAAUAACAAAAUCAAUUUAAAACUUUCCAAAAGAUGCUGCUCAGACCUUCAACUCAAAACUGGUGAAACACACCAAAUGGAGUUGCAGUUUCAGUUAGAUCGUUUUUCCUUCUGCGUGAUGCACAAGGCAAUAGACCGGCUUCCAGAUACCAACAUGGUCUUACCAGACCUUGAUAACUGUGAAGUGCCUUCGAACAGUCCUCGAUGCCAUCACUUGAAUGUCAAACAGCAGGCUGCAGUUGACUUCAUUAUAGGCAAGUCAGAUCCCAAAAGAGGUGUGGCACCACUACUCAUUUAUGGACCAUUUGGGACUGGAAAAACCUUCACCCUUGCAACAGCAGUCAGAGAAAUUGCCCAGGAUCCUCAAAACAAAGUGUUGAUCUGCACCCACACCAACAGCUCUGCAGACCUGUAUGUCAAAGAUCACUUCCAUUCCUUCAGUGGAGACCCUAAUAUAAAGCCAAUAAGAAUAAAGACAAAUCGACAUUCAUCUCUAAAGAACACUGACGAAAUCACAUUGAAAUAUUGCCUGCUCUCUGAGGGUAGAACCCACUUUCUGUCCCCUACAAAGAAGGAUCUCGAUUCUCACAAAGUAGUUAUCACAACAACAACAAUGGCGAAACGUUUUCAUGACCUCAAGCUGCAAGAGGGAUACUUCACCCACAUUUUAAUCGAUGAGGCGUCCCAGAUGCUGGAGUGUGAAGCGCUGAUCCCCCUUGGGCUAGCUGGGCCCAGCACCAGAGUUGUGUUAGCUGGAGAUCAUAUGCAGAUGGGACCAAAGCUCUUCUCUGUGGACGAUCACCAACGAUCGGAUUACACCCUUCUCAACAGAUUGUUCCAUUAUUAUCAGCGCCAUAGCAGUGAAGUUGCCCAGAAGAGUAGAAUCCUGUUCAACGAAAACUACCGCUCGACCAAAGAAAUAGUAGAGUUUGUAUCCACUCACUUCUACGUUGGCAGGGGGGAAGUCAUAAAGUGUGGCAAAACAGUUCCAGCUGGGCCGAAUGACAACUCCAUCAAGUUCCAUCAUGUACGGGGAGACUGCCAGCUGAACCUGCAUUCAAUGUCAUGGUCUAAUAAUGCAGAGGUUAACAAGGUUGUUGAAGUCCUGGAAGACAUUUUACAAGGAUGGCCCCAUACCUGGGGGGCCAGGGAUCCAAGCACCAUCUGUGUUCUAUCAGAGGGGUGGCAGGUUAAGAUAAUCAGGACAGCACUUUGGAGAAAAAAACUUGAAAAGGUUCUUGUUGAGAAUUUCGCAAAUGUCCAAGGUAAAGAAUUCAGGGCAGUCAUAAUAACCUCUGUUCAAACACGUGAGAGCCUAAAGACAGCUCACUUGCCCGGCAUGGAGCUGUUCAAUGAUGCCCGCGUCUUAAACACAGCCAUGACCAGGGCUCAGUCCCUGGUGGUGGUCGUAGGAGAUGCUACUGCCCUCAGUUACUUUGGAAAAUCCUCAAGAAUAUGGAAAUGUUACAUAGAUCACUGCAUCCGCAAGAACAGUCUUGAACCAAAACAUUUCACCAAAGAUUUCUUUGAAAAAGAUAUUGAAGAAAUGGCAAGGUUUCGAAGGCCUGAGCCCCCUGAGAGCUUUGAUGACACGGAUAUGAUCCUUCAACAGCUAAAGGACGAAUAUGACCAGUGCGAAACAGACUCAGAUCAAGACAAUUUGGAUGAUGGGCCAAAUGAUGGUGUGAAAUAUUCACACAAUGAAACAAUGGGUAAGACUAACCAUUUGCAGUUGUGUAAAAGCCAACCAGCUAAUUACAAGCAUGGACAGUUGGUCAUGGGGUCAAGUAACUCCGGAUAUAUCAUACAAUUUGACAAUCCAACCGAACACAUACACCUCAAAGGAAGGAAGAACUUGGGCCAUGCGUUCAAUGGAGAUGAAGUUGUCGUUAGAUUAUCCUCUGAUGACACUGAACAGCACAGAGUGGUAGACAUUAUCAACGGUCCAGUUUCAAAAAAAGUAUUUGUGUGUACAAUUGAGGAUCCAGAACAAUACAAAGAAAAAUCUAAAUUCCUCAGAAAGAUCAUGGUGCCCAUUGUUAGAAAUAGCCCCAAAAUCUGUACAUUGAUCCUGAGGAAAUAUUGGAAGUGGCUUACAGUAUGGAAGCACACUGAUGGUGGUUGGAAAAUUGACGAAUAUCGCGACAUUGAUGAACAUCUCAUACAAAAUCACGUUUUCAUGGUGCAGGUGAUAUGCUGGAAAGAUGGUCAAACAUUUCCGUUGGGUAGAGUGAUCAAAAUUCUUCCAAUUGACCAACCAAGGUCUUUGGAGGUUGGACUAAGGAUUUUGAACGAGGAAUUCCAAGUGACCACAUUUGAUUCUCAUAGCAGCCUGGAUAAAGUGGGGAGGUCAAAUGCAUGUAAGGAUAGAGUGAAUCUUUGUGGAAUAAUUACCUUCACUGUCGAUCCACUAAAUGCCAGCGCCUUGGACGAUGCCAUCAGCAUCAGAGAUGAGGGGGAACAGUAUGAGUUGGGAGUUCAUAUCGCAGAUGUGGCAAGUUUUGUGUCACCUGGUUCCAUUUUAGAUGAAGAGGCAAGACAAAGGGUUGCCACAUAUCACAGGUUGCAAAAGGAACAACGUCCCAUGUUCCCUGAAGAUCUGAUCAAGGAAUUAAGUCUUCUAUUUGACGAAAAGCCAAGUCAACGAGAUGUCAUCUCAUUGAUUGUGAAAGUCAACAAGGAAACAAAUGAGAUAGUUGGAAAACCAACCUUUCAGCUAUCUGUGAUCCAGACAAAUGUAAGUCUUUCCUAUGAAGCUACUGAGGAUAUCAUAUGUGGAAGAAAUCAACAUAUAUAUCAAGAUGUAGAAGUAAGAAGUAUCAGAAUGGCUUAUCAUUUUGCAAAAGCUCAAAGAAAGAUCAGACUUCGGGACUGGGCUUAUGCUGCAAAUGAUAAAAAUCAACCAGGGAAGAGAAAAGCCCAUUUGAUGAUUGAGGAGCUAAAUGUCUUGUUCAAUUUUGAGGCAUCUAAGAUUUUGACCAGCACAGACGGUACUCAAGACCUCACACCAUUGCGGUGUCAAGCUCCACCUAAGCCUGAGCAGCUGGAACAAUUCAAGAAAAGACACAGAGAGCUUGUGCCCCUAUCUUUCCAUGUAAGGAACAAAGUUGGACACAAUCAAAAUGUUGCAGAAGCCCAAUAUUUGGCUGAUGGCAAGAGCUUUCAUGUGCUAACAAAGGUAUGGAAUGACAUCCAGGCAGCGACCAGAGAAGGAAGUGACAUAGACAAAAUAGUUGACCUGAUUGCUGCGGAUGACAUACACCCUCAGCUAAUGCCAGUACUGAAAGAUUUUAAAGAGUGCCUAGGGAAAGCAUAUGUCAUUCGCUCCAAAUCUUCUUCCAAAGCAGAGGUUGGGCACUACAGUCUGAAUCUUAAGUCUUACACACAGGCCUCCUCACCGAUUCGAAGGUACAAUGACAUUGUGUUGCAACGGCUUUUGCACACACUCAUUUGUGGGACUCCAGUUGAUUAUUCUCCCAGAGAGAUUAACAUGUUGUGUGAAGAGUUUGAACAGAGAACAAAGACUGUAAAUGACUACGAAAGAAAGGCUGAAAUGAUUAACCUUGCAAUGAACGUAAAGAAACAUAAUGUCUCAAAGCUAGCAAUUAUUGUGCGAACAGACAAAGAAAGUGAAUGUUUCGAGGUUUCAUUUCCUUUUGACAAGGACGUCUUCCCAGAAAGUCUACCAAUCAUGUAUACAGACUUACAACUGGAUGACCAACCGGUUUAUGACAAAGGAAGUAAGUGCAUGACCCUUAAAUGGAAAAAACGAGUCUACACAUUUGCCAAUGUAAAAAUCAGAAAAGACAUGAAAAGGCUGCCAAAUAGUGGCUGCUGCACAGAGAUACCAGCUUCAACAUGGAAAGCCAUUGUUGAGGCAGUUGAAAACGAAAGCUGGACGGAAAUGAAGACUCUCAUAUUGGGAGCAGAAACAAAGAAACUGGAAGAUACCUGGAAACGAAACCCCAGUAAGAAGUCUAACCUCACUGCUAGCCCAUGCACAUCAGAUGAACAACAUUACAUUGACCUUGAGGUCCAACUGAAACCAGGUGACAUCCUUCAGCUCCAAAUUACAUCAGAGGUAGCAAGAGGUUACCUGACACCAACGGUUCAAUUGAUGUCCCUCAAUGACAAUUUGGAGAUUUGCAUCGACCAUGCACACAGCCCCAUUACUGCUUUCUCCAAAUUUGCAAUAUCUCGUACCAAGGGAAAAUACUUGAACCCUGCUGUCUACAUUUCAGUAUGGGAGCCAUUGUGCGAUAUGGAGUCUGCUGAGACAGCAGUGUGUGAAGGGGACAGUAUCAUCAUUGAGGACUUGGUGGUGAACUUCCAUCGAGAGCAUGGAUCCACUCAAUGGAAAGGAAGCUUCACUCUCCCGCUCAUACAAAUUAAGGAAUGGGCCAUUGGAUGCGAUCUUGACGAGUGCUUGUUGUGCAUACGGAGAAGUGGUUUGAAGCCAGAUUCUAAGCUAGACCAUUCCAAAGACGUGGACCCAAGCACUUUCACAUGGGUUGCUCAUGGAGUCACAGUGAAAAAAGCGAUGAAUACUAAAAAGACAAGAAGAGUGGAUUUCAAUGUUAGUCACUUGCCCAUGGACUUUGUUCCAGACUGUGUCUUUCAAAAAGACACCUGUUUCACAGUGGAAUUAAUCCCUAAGCUUUUGCCCGACAUACGUAAAACAAAUGCAGUCAGACACAUUGCGUCUGCAUCUGACCUUGUUCAAAGUAUAGCACUUGGGAGGAGCCUUCCAAGAGAGGCCUUCCAGAACACUGUGCAGCAGUUUGAGGUCAGGAGACUAGAGCCACCAAUAGGACUACCAAAACUGAAUGAGACUCAAUAUCAGGCUGUUGAGAAAGCUCUCGAUAAGAAUUUCACGGUUAUACAGGGGCCCCCUGGCACUGGAAAGACAGUGGUGGGUGUGUACAUUGUGUUCUGGUUCCACAUUAUAAACACCAGAACCAACAGAAGAAACACUGACCAUGCCGAGCAGGGAAAGAAAGAUGUUAUUCUCUACUGUGGUCCUUCCAACAAGUCUGUUGACGUUGUCGCUGAGUACUUGUUGAAAUUUGGAGACAAGUUAAGGCCGCUGAGAGUUUACAGUCAACAAGUUGAGAUGCUGGACUACCCUUACCCUGGCAGCAGUCUUCAGUUAUCUCACGCUGCUCUUCGCCAAGAGCGCUCCAUACCACAACUCCGGAGCAUCACCCUGCAUCACCUCAUGCGAGAGGACCACAACCCCUUUUCAGCAAAAAUAAAAGAGUUUGACCAAAGAAUAAAACGUGCCCUUCAGAAAGAGGCAGAGGAACUGACCGAUGCUGAGGUGGAUGAUUACAAAGACCAUCUCAAAAAGGCUCGGGAACAUGAGUUUAAACGACAUGACAUCAUAAUCUGCACUUGCACAGCCUCCUCCUCGACGGGAAUGACAAAAGCAGUCAGCGCCCGUCAGAUCGUCAUCGAUGAAUGUGCAAUGGCCACCGAACCACAGGCCCUCAUUCCGUUGGUUUGCAACAAACCAGAAAAGGUCGUUUUUCUCGGUGACCACAAACAAUUACGACCUAUAAUCAACAAUAGGCUUGUGGGAAAUUUGGGAAUGUCGACGUCUCUGUUUGAACGUUACUGUACUACGCAGAGCGAGAUAGUAAUCAUGCUCGUCACUCAGUACAGAAUGCAUGAAGAAAUAUGCCAGUUCCCAUCCGAAGCAUAUUAUGAAAAUCGUCUCAUCACUGCAGUGAUGCCGCCAAAGAGUGUUCUGCUCAUCGACAAGAAGCCAAAGACAAUUGUUUUUGGACACAUCAACGGAAAGGAAAUCAGUCUGGUUGUGAGCACAAAAAAAGGGAAUCAGAACUCCAAAGCAAAUGUUGCAGAGCAAGAGAAAGUGGUGGAAAUUGCUGAAAGUCUGGUGAAGAAAGCCAAGGUGGAGCAGGAAAGUAUUGUGAUUCUGUCACCUUACAAUUCCCAAGUGUGGGGAAUAAAAAAUCUUCUGCAAAAGAAGAAACUGAGCAGAAUCCUGGUUUCCACCAUCUCCAAAAGCCAAGGAAGUGAAUGGCGUUAUGUCAUCUUAUCCACCGUGCGGUCUCUGCCAACUGAGGAGAUUCGAAACGAUGCAGGCCGAGAGUGGCGAUCAAAACAUGUGGGCUUUGUGGGCGAUCAAAACCAGAUAAAUGUUGGCAUCACCAGGGCCAAAGAGGGGUUGUGCAUCAUCGGAAACCAAGAGUUGCUGGAUUGCAGUCCAGCAUGGAGGAAACUCCUCAAAAACUACAAUGCAAAGAAUUCUGUCACCACAGCAGAACGUAUUUCUGUUGCAGCGAAAUAGCUGCUUGCUUGUUCUAUGACCAGUCUUACUUCAAGCAUCCUCAAAAGGAUGCCCCAAGAUUCUGUGAAUCAGAGUUUGCCUUUCUUACCCAGAUUCAGACGAGUUGUUUCAUUUCAAAUUCAUCAAUCCCUUACAGCACACUCAUUGUGCUUGCUUUGAGGGUAAAACACGCUGAAUAUCCUUCCAAAGAAUACCAAUGUCUUCCAAAUAGUCGCUUGUUAAAAAUGAGUGCCGGUAACUAAAACAAGAUUGUAGUUUGUCUUCAAACAUAAAUAAUUCAGAACUAUUUUUGGCCCUGUUAUUAUGAGGCUGGCCUUUAAUGCGUCUGGCAGGAAGACAAGCUAAGACGCCCCAUCCGGACACCAACGUCCUUAGACAAAGGAUUUAAAUCAAAGGGUAGAAAUGUAGAAAUGCCAGGGUAGAAAUGCAUUUGUUAAAAUGUUCUACUGAAACCUCAAUCUUGUCACUCACAAAUGCAUUUCUCUCAGAAUCUGGACAAAUACUGCUGCUAUAAAACAGGAAACCGUCUCCCCCUAGAAGUUUGGCGAUAGCAUCGUCGAAUGUCUGGAGCCAGCAGCUGAUAAUAUAAUUGGAUCGCAGGUAGCCCAAUAUCAGUGACGAAAAAUAGCGAUGAACUAAAUGUGUGUUUGUAGACAAACUACAAUCUGGUUGUGAUGUUAAUGGCACUCGUUUUUAUUCAGAACACAUUGGAAAUCAUUGGAUAUAUAUCUUUUGGAUAUAUAACACUGUAUAACACUGCAAGUCAAUGGAUUGAGAAAAUUAUAAUUUAGCAAACUGCCCUUCUGGAAGUCAAAGGAUGAAUAUUUAAUAAAACAACUCAUCUGAAUCAGGGUAAGAUGCCAAUGCCAAUUAUCAGAUAUCUCGACGUAUCCCUUUAAUUUUUACUAAAUUACCUGCUAGGUUUUCCUCAUUAAAGCAACUUGUAUAUAGUUAAAGCGAAGAAUUUUUGGGUUUCUUCUUAAAUAAUAGGACAAUAAUGCAUUUGAAUAUACAUAGUAGUGUUUAACGGACCACUUAAUGGUGGAUGAUUUCGAGUUUUAUAUGCUGAUUAUUGGAAAUGUUUUUAUUACUACAAUUUUAAGAUAAUUUUUUUUUUUUUCUGUGUUUAUUUCUGUGUACAAAAAUAUUUUGUUACAAAAUUAGCUUGACUGGACGUCUUUGAGCUGUGAAUUGUUUUCAAUGGGACCACUUAUUACAUUAAAACAUAUAGCAAUAUUUGUAUUUUCUUUCUAUGCAGACAAUUCAUUAGUAACUUUUUUUUUAAUAUUUUUUUUUACAUUUAACCUAUACUUUAGUAAGACAAAUUAAGUCUUAAUUAUUAAUGAUCCUGGCACAUGUUGCAUACUAUUGUGUAUUUCCAGAGGAGCAUAAUUAAUACUGUGCAUUUUUUCAUCCAUAUUAAUUACUUUGAUUAUUUUUGUUUAUAUAUCUCUGCUUAUGGUUUUGAAGACUAUUUAGGAAUCAUGCCUCAGUAAAUUGACAUUAUUUUUACGUUUUUAUGUUACGUUUUUAUGUUAUGUUUAUUUCUGUAAACAAAAAAUAUUUUGUUCCAAAGUUAGCUUGACUGGACGUGUUUGAGCUGAGAAUUCAUGUUUUCAAUGAGACCACUUAUUACAUUGAAAAAUAUGGCAAUAUUUGUAUUUUCUUUCUAUGCAAACAAUUCAUUUGUAACUUUUUUCUUUAAAUAUAUUUUUACAUUUAACCUAUACUUUAGUAAGACAAAUUAAGUCUUAAUUAUCAAUGAUCAUGGCACAUGUUGCAUACUAUUGUGUAUUUCCAGAGGAGAAUAUUUAAUACUGUACGCAUUUUUCAUCCAUAUUAAUUACUUUUAUUAUUUUUGUUGAUAUAUCUCUGCUUAUGGUUGUGAAGACUUUUUAGGAAUCAUGCCUCAAUAAAAUGAAUUGUCAUCAUA